AAUAGGAAGGAUUGUCAUCCAUAGCUAUAGUAAGAAAAACAUAGGAGAUUCAUUAAAAUGAUUAGGAAUAAUUAAAUUUGUAACGGAUAUUUCUGUUUUGAAUAAGUAAAACCAAUACUAUCACAGAACUCUACACAUCUAUCUACAAAGCUUUAUUUAAAAUUAAAUUGUAAAAAAUAAUAGAAUUAAGUUUUAAUAGAUGAUGGCAGAAGUUUGUGUUACAAAAAGUAAAUCAAAGGAAGAGUUUGAUGUCGAGAAUUCGGAAUUAACACGAAACUUAUCAAUUGGAAGCCUUAGUGAAGCAGUCGAGAAGGUUUUACUUUGGUUUGCUAGAAACGAUGAAUGCUCUUCACUUGGGGAUUGUUUCGAAGCACUUAGUCUUAAAUCAAGUAAAGGAAGCAUUAUUAACGAUGAUGAAAGUUUUAAUACUCCGUCAUUUCAAUCAGAUGAUGAAGAUCUACAUGAAAAUUUAAAAGAAUCUUGCUUAAAAGUAAAGGAAUUAAAAACUCCAGUCGUUCCAAUACAGUUAAAUCACCAAGACAAUUAUGAUGUUACUUUAAUCAACUUUCAAAGUUUGGAUUCAUUUUUUGUAACUAUUAAGCGAGCAGAUGAUAAGAAAUGGAACCGAUUGAUUCGACGUUUAAAGAAGCUCCAGAUAAAGAAUCGUCUAGAGCCGUUGGAAGAGUUCAUCAGAGGAAAUCCGUGUCUGGUAGAAGUGAAUGGAGAAUUACAUCGAGCAAUAGUUCAAAACUGCAAUACCAAAACUGCAAUUUGCUUUGGAAUAGACACUGGUAAAGUCUAUUUAGUCAAUUUGUUUAAGGAUUUCAUCUAUUAUAUGUCACCUAAAAUCCGAAACACGAUUGAAUUUCAAGCUAUCAACUGCAAAUUAUUUGAUGUUCGUUUGCCACAUGAUCCAGAUAUCACCAAACUUGUGUAUGACACAGUCAUAUCCAAAAUAAGUAAGCCCCAAGUUAAAGUUGUUAAGACAAAAGCUUCAAGAUUUAUCGACGACAAUUGUAUGGCAUUUGAUAAUUACGAAGUUAUGUUAUUUGGUCAUGACAGGAAAACGAGCAUUAAUCAGCAAAUAGCUUUUUCCAUUCAAGGUAUGAAGGAUUAUGAUUUAGAUAACUUUUAACUGUUUAAUUGUAAUGAAGUUGAUCUUGUGAAAAAUACAUCCGAGUGUAAUAGAGACGGAAAUAAAAGGAAAUUAAAUAUUUACUUGAUCAGUAAUAUGCGCCAUUC